UUACGUCAUGAUUCUACUCACACUACCUUUGUUUUCGGGACUGGCAGAACUGUGACAGGACUGAAUUCCGUGUCACUCGAUUGCAAUUCGGAACGUUCUGGACUGACAAUCGAGCAUCCCCAAUGUAUUUAUAAAAGAACCAUAACUCUUGCCAAUUAAAGGGAAGAUAACUCUAAAGGUGGUACUGGUGAAGAAUGUAAAUAAAACAACAAUAAACAAACAUUUCAAGGAUUAGUAUUACUACUGUUUACUGGUACAUCAUACGCUGAAGAUAGUAUGUUUUUAUGUUUAGCCAAACCAAUCACCCAAAUAAGAGUACCAGCAAUAUCAGCAAUAAUUCUGUAUAUCUACUUUCUUAUAAAUUCAAAAACCAAAGCUGAAGAACUAGGAGUAAUGGCCCAAUUAACUCAAAGUAACAUGAAGUUUGGUCUGGAUAUCCUGAAAACAAUAGCUUCCAGUAAACCAACUGAAAAUAUUUUUGUCUCACCUUUAAGUAUUCAGACUGCCAUGGCCAUGCUACAUCUUGGUACCAGGAAUAAUUCUAAAGCAGAAGUAGAGAAGGUUUUAUAUUUUGAUUUUGAUUCUGUUCAUGGUUCUCUAGGAGAAUAUUUACAAAUAUUGAAUCAAAAACAAUCAUCAUAUGCCUUGUCUUCAGCUAAUCAAGUUUUUAUUAAUAAUAAAUAUAAAUUUCUAGAAGAAUAUCUUCAGACAUUACAAGCUACAUACAAGGCUGAAGCUCAAACCUGUGAUUUUAUUAGCAAUGCUGAAGGAGAGAAAGAUAAAAUAAAUAAAUGGGUGGAAGGAGAAACCAAUUCUAAAAUAAAAGAUUUAAUUCCGUCUGGUAUGUUGAAUCCACUGACUGCCAUGGUUUUAGUUAAUGCUAUCUAUUUUAAAGGCAACUGGGAAAAUCAGUUUGAAGUUGAAGACACACAAUCUGAAGAAUUUUACAUUGAUCCCUCGUCACAUGUAGAUGUUCAGAUGAUGAAAAUGAAAAUGAAGUUUAAAUUCGGACAGAGUGACGACCUCAGUUGUAGCAUUCUUGAGUUACCUUACGUAAAGAAAGACUUGAGUAUGGUUCUUUUACUGCCCCAGAAGAUUGAUGGUGUGGCGUCAUUGGUGAAUAAUUUAACACCCAGUAACCUGAACAAAUUAAUGAAAGAAAUGAAGGAAGUUAAAGUGGACAUUGCUCUACCUAAAUUUAAACUUGAAGCGGAUUUAAACCUGAAAGAAGUUCUGAUAAAUCUGGGUUUAUCUGAUAUAUUUGUUGUAAGUAAAGCUGAUCUGUCAGGAAUUGAUGGCACCAGAGAGCUGUAUGUAUCUGAUGCCAUUCACAAAGCUUUUAUAGAAGUUAAUGAAGAAGGUACUGAAGCUGCUGCUGCUACUGCUGUGACUAUAAUGAAACGAUCUUUAGUAAUGAUACCACAAUUCCGGGCCGAUCAUCCUUUUCUCUUCUUCAUUAAAGACAACAGAAGUGAUAUGAUUCUAUUUUGGGGAAAACUACAAAAGCCAGCGGGUUCAGUUGUUAAUACACCACAUCAAGAACUCUGAAGUUAUCAUAAUAGAUUUACAAUACAAACUUUGUUGGUGAAUACUGAAAAAUUAAAACACAUCAGGAACUCUGAAGUUAUCACAAUAUACUUAUAAUACAAAAUUGUGAUGGUGAAUACUGAAAAAUAAAUUAUUUAUUGGUCUAGAUGUGCACUUUGUAGUAAAUUGAAUUAUCUGUGAGUUAAUUUGAAUAAAAUUAAAUAAUAAUUAAAUAAUACAUAUUGAUGGGUAAAUUAAAUCUUGUUUGAUAUCAAAUAAAAUAUGUCAGUAAUGCUGGUUAAAAUAAGAAAUCAACUGGAAGAGACUCUUUUUUUUAAAGAUAUUGACUUGUUUGAUUUAUAAAAAAACCAUAUUAGCUAUAUCCACUACAUAUGUAUUUACUGGUUUUUGUUUAAGCUUAAGUUUAGACAAGGGUUUAGAUUUUAGAAUACUAUUAAAAUUUUAAUUCUGUGGUUCCUGAUAAUGAUCAUUAUUAACUAUAUUCAAAUCUAGCUGAUACAUUUACCAAAGGGUAAACCAGGGGGUUACGGGUAUACUCUAUGUUGACAGAAUGUCUGACAUGGUUUCACCUUGUCAUUGGUGCAAGAGACAGCAUCUAGUUAUUCUGAAAGACCAAGCUCUCAUCCAUGUACAAAUUAAUGUGCACAUAAAAGAACCUUUAAUAAUUGGAAUUAGAAAUAGGAAUAGACGGUAGAGUAGCUGUUCAGGCAAACAAUUUCUCAUAGCACAAUGCAUGGUUUACUCCUGUCUUCAUUAGCCCAGUUGGUGCAGAAAAGUAAUAAACCCCAUUUCAUUUACUAAAAAUAUUCAGCUGUAACUAAUACAUGCAUAAUGAUAACUGACUUUCAAUACCUGUACAGCUUAUUUUAUGUUCCUGAAAUUUCAGUCAACUUAACUAUUGUAAAUACUAGACUAAUGAUAUUCCACGAUCGUCCAUGAAAGGACUGUAUGGACGUGUGGCGCCCCAAUACAAGUGAGAAUCCACUGAUUGGAUGACAAUGUGACAGUGGCUGUCCUUGUAAUAGUCUCAAAAAGAGUCUAUGCACAUGCUGUCACCUGUCACUCAAAACAGCUAGCUUGUAAUUCCAACAUCUCGAAAUCCACAGUUGUUGUAAAUGACACUAUUUUUAUUAUAAUUGUUUUAUUAAUUUUCAUCAACACACCAUGGCUGGAAACCAGCCCUGCAAGUUACCUGUCCCAUCCCUACACCUGCCAAACAUUAUAAAUUCCAAUACACCCUGGGGGUUGGGAUGGCCUAGUGGUCUAGAGUGUCACGCUUCGACCUCUAGUUGGCCGGUCACCUCUGGCUUGCGGCUGUGGUUUCGAUCCCAGGUGUGAGCGUAUGUGGCUUGGAGAUAGGGGCGCCUUCUCAACCUCGUGGGUUUACUCCGGGUACUCCGGUUUCCUCCCAUAGCAAAGACCCCUGCGCGUGCGCUAAGAUCAUUAAAAUGAACUUGUCUGCGAUAUCACCUUCGGUGGAAGCGGACGUUAAACGCUAAGAACAACGAUAAUUUAAUCAUCUGUUAUUUAUUUCUUGGUUUGUUUUGUUGUUUUUGUUUGAGAGGGGGUGGGUCUAUGAAUGAAUAAAAUCUGUGAUGUUUAUUGACCAUAUAAUAUGCAUAAUGCAAUAGGUAAGAAAAUAUUGUAAUAUUUCUUUUUGAUACAUAUUUGUCCACAGAAUCAAGAAAAAAACACUAUUUUAUGUAUAUGUAUCUAUUUAUAUUUAUGUAUCUAUUUUCCUAUUAUAAAAAUAAAAAUAUAAGUUAGAUUAUUAA